UCCCAUCCAGCCAACCGUUACAGGUACCGUAGUACCGGUACCUGGUACCGGUACCGUACGGUACUGUACUAAUACCGAGACACCGAGACUGUCACAAUGACCUAUUUGGGCACUCUUUAAAAGUAAAGUUGGCUUUCCAAAGGUUACGGUACCACCAGAGACCACAGACCAUUCGCGAAGUGACGGAAGGAUGGAGACAACACCCAGCCAAAUCACCACCAAUAAGCGAUCAUAUACCAGUUACCAGUACUCAAGAAGGACAACAUGGUCAAGAGACAGUAUCGACGGCGGCAAAAGCAGCAACAACCGAGCUCGCAGUUUUGGUCCCAGAAUGCUCCGAGACUCACCCGUGUCCGUGUUUUCGGGUCAGCGGUAGUGACAGGCUUGAUGUGUACCAGCUUGUCGUUUUCCCACCGAAGUCCCCACAGCAGUCUCGAACCCAUCGAUAGUUUUCUUCCAGUACGGAAAGAGCAAACACCACCACAAGCAGAACAGGCACAAGAGCCGGCAGCGAUCGAGUACAACCGUACCAAGUACCACUACACUCCUCCCUCACAGUCAUUUGGAGGCCCACAUUCUUCCUGUGGCGUCACUGAUAACAACAAUCCACCCACCUAUGAGUCAUUCUUUGCCCUGGAUUCCAGGUAUCGAUCCCGUGACAAGGAGGACAAGAUUAUCUGGCAAAAGUUCUUUGCGUCCAUGGGCAAACGGGGCACGUAUGUCGAAAUGGGGGCAUAUAAUGGCAUGCACGAAACCAACAGUCGCUUCUUUGAUGUUUGCUUGGGAUGGAAGGGACUCCUCAUUGAAGCCAAUCCCGUCAUGUUCCCUGAGGUGCCAGCAAGUCGACCGCAAGCACAUUCCAUGAGCUUUGCACCGUCCUGCCAACAACCCGACCAGACACUGGAAUUCCAUGCCACCUUGUGGACCAAUGCUGGUGUUGCCGGUCUGGCGAAAGCCUACGAGGGAGAGGAAACGGUCAAGGUUCCCUGUGGUCCACUGCAACCUGUGUUGGAAGAUAUCUUUGCUGGAGGAGAGGCCAUUGAUUUCUUCUCCUUGGAUGUGGAAGGAGCCGAACCGUUGGUUUUGGAAACCAUUGAUUUUACGAAGGUGCAAAUUCAUGUCAUGUUGAUUGAAGUGGCAAACUCCUUUUGUAAAAAAGAGGACUGUGAGCAGCGCAAUCAUGUUCGAGAGAUAAUGAAAAAGGCAGGAUAUCAACAGUACAAGGGAAUGGUCUCUGGUUCCGAUGUCUUUGUGCACCCCAACUCACCGUACCAGCUCGCAUGAGAAAAAAAUAAAAGAAUCCUUGGUACGAUUGAGUCUGUUGGGCAGUGCUGGGCGGCAAAAGCUGUGGUAGCACCAAUCAAGAUUCCAAAAGGGUACGGGAUCGAAAGACCAAACCGACAAUUCUACACUAAGUGUUUGGAAGUGAGUCCAUAACCAUUUAUGCGAGUAUCGAUAGCAACAAAGAUGCUGUACUACAUGUACCUGCUCAUGAGCAAACAAACUCGCAUUACGAAUGCAACAAGUUUUGCCAAAAGACCCACGACGACUGAAGGCUAGCUACCAGUAGCAGUAAACUUCAUUUCCCUACCGGUAGCACCAUUCGAACCACGCGACGACUAAAUAGAGGUGACCAAGCUUAUUGUACUACUCCGCAUCGGAAAUACAGCACUGACUUGUGCGUUUGGAGCUGCUGAAAUGGGCCCGUGAAAAUGGCUGUCCGAGGAAUGAGUGAGCAAGCGUGCCAAAUGGCUUUUCUAGUUUGUAGGAUAUGCAUGAUAUAGAUGUUCUGCGGUGUGCUCGUGGCCAUGGAUGCCCUGAUGAGGAAUAGUUCAUCCCGGAUCGAUACCGGUUGAACCAUGCAAGCAAUGCAGAUACCCACAACACGAUGAAACACACCCGUGGUGACAACAGCCAAGUCACCUAGCUAGCUAGCUCCCUACAGCACUAACCAAAUAAUAUUUUUAUUGCUAUGUCCAGGCAGGGCGCCAAAAUCUUUGAAAUGUCACAAAUCCUAUCC